CUGCUCUGAAGCAACACAAAGCACUUUCACUUUCACUUCUGACACGACGUCUCUAGACUGGGCUGUCUAUAUCAAAGGGCUGUCAAGAAGAGUUAAAGAGAAGUUUUGGAUCCGAAGCUGGUAGUCAUGAUGAAUCUCAGUUCAUUUGGAGAGCUGCGGAUCAUUCUUUUGGGUCAAAAAAAUGUUGGGAAAAGCUCAGCAGGAAACACUAUCCUGAGUAAAAGGGAAUUUGACUUGAGGAAGAAUGUGCAUUGUGCGGAAGCAUGCAGUGAAAGAGCUGGCACAAAGAUCACUGUGGUUGAUACUCCAGGCUGGUGGGGAAAUUUACCCUUUGAAGAAAACCCUGAACUGUGCAAACAGGAAAUCAUCUUGAGUGUGACAAAAUGUCCUCCAGGACCUCAUGUGCUGCUGCUGGUCUUAAAUGUAGAAACACCGUUUAAAGAAAACGAAAAAGACAUCCUAUGUGAAAAUAUUAAAUGCUUUGGCGAGGAAGUAUGGAGGUAUACAAUAGUGCUGUUCACCUGUGGAGAUCAACCAGGAAGCAUAACCACUCAACAGUUUAUUGAGGAUGAAAGUGAAGUACAGUGGCUGAUAGAGAAAUGUGGGAAAAGAUAUCAUGAGCUCAAUACUAAAAACUGGGGCGAUGGAUCUCAAGUAACAGAACUGCUUAAGAAAAUACAGAAGAUGGUGGAAGGAAACAGAGGCAGACAUUAUGAAAUAAACAGAGAGAUUUUGCAGAAGGUGGAGGAGAAGAGGAGAGAACAGAACAAGAAAGCAACUGAAAGAAGAAUGAAGAUUCAGCAGCUGAAAGACAAGACCAGAACAAGUGGUCUCUCAGCGUUGAGGAUGGUGCUGCUGGGUUAUUAUGGAUCUGGGAAGAGUUCAGCAGGAAACACCAUCCUGGGAAAAUCUGCAUUUGAUUCCAAAAGAUCAUUGACAUCUGCAGUACGAGAAGGAGAUGUUGCAGGAAGACACAUCACUGUGGUUGAAACUCCAGGCCGAAGAAGAAAUUUCUCUUCAAAAUACACCCCUAGACUCUACAAAGAUGAGAUUGUGUUGUGUUCAUCUCACUGUCCUCCAGGACCACAUGCCUUUCUGCUUGUCAUAAGAGUGGACGUUUCUUUCACUGAAGUUUACAGAAAGGCAAUAGAAGAACAUGUUGCUCUUCUUGGUCUCAAUGUCUGGGACCACAUGAUUGUUCUCUUUACCUUUGGUGACUGGUUGCGAGACACAAGCAUUGAGCUGUUCAUUGAGAGUGAAGGAGAAGCUCUUCAGUGGAUAAUAGACAAAUGCGGGAACAGGUAUCAUGUCUUCAACAACAGAAACACAGAUGAUGGCAAUCAAGUGACAGAGCUGUUUGAAAAGAUAGAAGAGAUGGUUGCAGGAAACACAGCACGCUGUUUUAUGAUUGAUAAUCAGCAUUUAAAGGAUGUGCAAGACAGAAGGAUGAAAGUAGAAAAAAUAGUAAAACACAUGCAAAAAAUAAAUGAAUUUAGACAUUCAAAGUCAGGAGAUUCUAAACUUUCUCAAAUGAGGCUGGUGUUGCUUGGAUCAGGUUGUUGUGUCAAGAGUUCAACAGGAAACACAAUUCUGGGUAGAAACGCAUUCAGCAGAAAAAGGUCAGAAGAGAAUCUCAAAGAAAAUGGGGAGGUUGCAGGAAGGAAGCUCACUGUGGUUCAUACACCAGGAUUUGAGAAAGAUUACCUUACUGAAAAAAGACUUGAGGAUGCCAAACUAAACAUUUUGAGAAGUGUAACCGAAGGCUCCACUGGAACACAUGCUUUUAUUGUAGUCCAGAGUGUUAACUGUUCCUUUGCAGAGGAAGAGAAAAGUGCACUACUGAAAAUCAUGGAGCCUCUCGGCGAUAGAGUCUGGAAUCACAUAUUGGUUCUGUUCACUGUAGGAGAAAAACUAGGAGAAACUCCCAUAGAGUUAUUCAUUGCAAGUGAAGGUGAUGCUCUCCAGUGGCUCAUUGAGAAAUGUGGGAACAGGUAUCAUGUUCUCAACACUAAGAACUGUAGUGAUGGAUCUCAGGUCACAGAACUCCUGGAGAAGAUCGAGCAGAUGGUGACAGCAAACAGAGGACAACAUUAUGAAAUCGACAGAGAGACUUUACAAUGUGUGGAAGAGAAGAGGAAAGCAGAGAAAAGAAGGAUGAAGAUUCAGCAACUGGAAUAUGAAACAGAAAAUGUGAUGGUUGGAAGAACAGAUCCUCUUCCAAGUAGAAGAGCACGUAGUAUGGAUAUCCCUUUAAAUGUCGCUGAAGUCUGCGAUCCUUCUUCGGGAAGUUCAGCUUAUGUGUCCAUGAGCGUCUCAUCAAAAGAAACACCUGAAAAGUUAAAUUUCAGCAAGUCACUGUGUUCACAAAUGACCUCUGGAUGGGAGUCUCUUAACUCUAUUCCAGAUUCUGAUAAAGAACCUGAUGUAGAAUAAGAUAUAGAUCCACUUUUAUAAGUGUGUCAGAAAAUACGGCAGAACUAUUAUAUAAUAAAAAUAAAAUUGUAAUAUUUUUUUUUUUUUUUUACUUAAGGCUACAAUUUUUUCAGUUUGUAACUGCACCUCUUUGUUGCCCUCUUUUAUUUCUAGAAUGAGCUGGAACAAAAUAAAAAUAAAUAAAAACAGGAUUAGGCCAGUAUUAGGUUAUGAACACAACUCUAUUAUUCUUUUGAACCAUUUUAUUUUAUUGUGUUUAAAUUGUAAGUUGAAUUGUAGUUUAAUUUUUAUCUGCACACCAUAGUAAAGUAUAUAAAUAGUUACUUUUUUUUUACUGAUAUAUUACAUUUACCUAAAUUCAUUACUUCAGACUUAUGUGCCCUCUAGAAGUUUGCGUUCUGCAAGUGAACGUCCUUGAUUGUGCCAUCCCAAAGAAGCACAGUCACUUUUAUGGACUUGAAAUGAAAUGUUUCGUGCCCAACUCAAUCCGAGCAGCUCAUUAGCCAUCUCUAAAACACAUCUCUUCCAUCAUUAUUUGACCCUCUGACUCUACCACUCUAUUGUAAUUCUAAUUCUCUAACUACCUUUCUAAUCUUUUUGUAUUCUAUCUAUUUUAUUUUCAUUUAUUAUACAAUUAUAAAAAGACCCGUAACACUAUUGCUUUAUUCUUUUUCU